AUGACGGGCGUCGACCCGGAGGUCGCACAACAUCACCUCAAUAUUUCACCCGACGCUCGCCCUGUAAAGCAAAAACCCAGACGGCAAGCCCCUAAUCGGCAACUUGCCAUACGAGCAGAAGUGGGUCGACUUUUAGCGGCGGGCUUCAUAGAAGAAGUCAGAUACCCCCGAUGGCUAUCCAAUGUAGUCCUCGUAAAGAAACCCAAUGGAAGCUGGAGGAUGUGCGUUGAUUACACCAGUCUCAACAAUGCAUGCCCAAAGGAUUGCUACCCCCUCCCAAAGGUCGACCAAUUGGUCGACGCAACGAUCGGACACGCCCGCCUCUCAUUUAUGGAUGCCUUCUCGGGAUACAACCAGAUCAGAAUGGCGCCCGAAGACCAAGAGCAUAUGGCCUUUCUCACCGAUCAAGGGGUAUACUUUUAUAAGGUCAUGCCUUUCGGAUUAAAAAAUGCUAGGGCUACAUACCAGAGAACAGUGAACAAGAUGUUCGCCCACCAGAUCGGACAGAACAUGGAAGUUUACGUUGAUGACAUGAUUGUAAAAAGCCAAGAGGCAGGAGCUCACCUUGCCGACCUGGCCGAGGCAUUCGUCACGCUGCGUAAGUUCAGCAUGCGACUCAACCCUGUGAAGUGUGCUUUCGGCGUCAUCUCGGGAAAGUUCCUCGGGUUUAUCAUACACGAAAGAGGAAUUGACGCCAACCCAGAGAAGGUCCAGCUGCCGGUCUACUAUGUCAGCCACGUCCUGAACGGGCCCGAGGAACGUUACCCACCGAUUGAGAAACUCGCACUCGCACUUGUGCUGUCGGCCCGGAAGCUACGCCCCUAUUUCCAAGCUCACCCAGUGGAGGUCAUCACUGACCAACCACUUCGGCAGAUCUUGUCUAAAUUUGAUGUUACAGGACGUCUUCUCAAAUGGGCAGUGGAGCUCGGUGAGCAUGAUGUACGAUACGUGCCUAGGACCGCUAUCAAAGCCCAGUCGGUGGCCGACUUCAUCGCAGAAUUAACCCAGAUCGAGGACGUGGGUCUCGAGCAACCUCCCGAAGCAUGGGUCCUGCACGUGGAUGGAUCGGCCAACUCAAAGGGCGCAAGUGCGGGGCUGGUGCUGCUAGCUCCCGACGGGCAGUUGUUCGAGCGUUCCCUCCGCUUCGGGUUCCAAGCCACUAAAAACGAGGCGGAAUACGAGGCACUCCUAGCAGGACUCAGGUUGGCCCUCGAAAUGCAGGUGGUCGCCAUACACGUCCUCACCGACUCGCAGCUGGUAGCCAAGCAACUCAGUGGGGGAUACGAGGCUCGGGACCCGAUCAUGGCGAAGUACCUGGCACAGGUAAAGAACCUGACGGCUAAAUUCCCUCAUUUUACAUUAUCUAAUGUCCCGAGGGGAGAGAACGAGCGAGUCGACGCGCUAGCUAAGCUGGCAUCAAAGUCGGCCCCCGAAGCCCGGCCUGAGGUCGAGGAGCUCCCUGCCCGUGCCAUCGAAAUCGCAGCUGCAGCCUCGGGCGGCGCACCAAUCACAUGGGUACAAGAGUUGCUACGCUUUAAGAGGGACGGGACCCUUCCCCCCGACGAGGCUACAGCUCGGCGCCUGUGCCGUACGCAUUCAUGGUACUCUGAGGUGGGCGGACGGCUUUAUAAGCGGUCCUUCACAUAUCCCCUCCUAUGGUGCUUGGAGCCCGACGAAGCUCGGACGGUUCUGGCUGAGGUCCACGAAGGGGUCUACGGGGAGCACAUCGGCGGGUGA